UGUCUUCAGUGAUAAUAAAUAGCAGUCUUGUUGUAAUAUUAUGCGCCAUGGAAGAAGCUACGCUAAAUAUUAUAAAGGACAAGAAACAAAAAAAUAAAAGUGAAGAUGCAUCAAUGGAGUUUGAUGAAUAUUUAGAUGAAAUGGGUGGAAUGAGUCGUUAUCAAAUUGCUUCGGCUCUCGCGGUAUCAAUUUUGAUAUUUGGUAGCUGCACUGUUACGACUAUGCCAGUUUAUCUCAGUGCUACACCCGAGUUUAGAUGUUCAUUUUCAGUGAAGAAUAUCUCUAAUCAAUUUCAUCUUACAAAAGAUAUCACGACCAAAUUAAUUCCGAAGACAUCUAGCAAGGAAUAUAAUUCGUGCAAUCAGUAUAUACUCAAUGGAACUUCUUGUAAUACUACAAACAUGACUGAGUUAUGUACAGGGAAUAUCUCCGUCUCCAGCGCAGUGAAAGAAUGCAACAGAUAUGACUACGAUAGAAAUGUUUACACCGAAUCUAUAACUACUGAGUGGGACCUUGUUUGCGAUCGUACAAUCUUGAAGACUCUCGCUAACUCAGCAACUUUUCUCGGAUUUCUCCUGGGAUCGAUAAUGAUAGGAUUGGUGGCAGAUUGGUUUGGUCGUAAAUCAUCGAUGCUUGGCGGUGCUAUUUUAGCCACCUUACUUAGUUUAGCCACAGCGUUUGCACCUAGUUAUAAUACAUAUAUGGUGAUGUAUGUACUGUUUGCGAGUACUUCUUUGACAAGAUACAUUGUUGCAUAUACUUACGUUAGUGAAAUAUCCAGCAAAGGAAGGAGACAAGAAAUGCUCCUUUUCGUUUCAAUGAUAGGAACACUAGGUGAUGUGUCCACGUCGAUUGCAUCUUAUUUUUUGCGUCAUUGGAGGCACAUUUUAAUAUACUCAGGAGUCAUAUCUAUAUUGUAUGUGCCAAGUCACUUUUUCAUCUCCGAAUCUCCAAGAUGGCUACUUUCCAUUGGACAAGAAAAAUCGGCAAAGAAAGUCGUUAAAAGAUAUUGCAAAUCGAAAGGAACACAUUUAAAAAAAGAAAAGUGGAAAUGUGUUUUGGAACUUGAGCGCUUGAAACGUUUGGAAUCCAAAAAACAAAAUAAAUAUUCGACCUUGGAUUUGUUUAAACCAGUACAUGUUCGUAUAAUUACACUCAACGUUAUGCUUUCGUGGUUCGUGGCAUCGAUGGUAUUUUAUGGAUUAGUUCUCAACAUCGGAAAUCUUGCUGGUAACCCAUAUAUCAACGGAGUCAUAAACUCAUUCAUGGACGUGUUCGCCUGUAUUGGAACAAUAUUUGCAGUAAAAAAAUUUUCGAAAUCGAAUCUUCUAGCGUGUUCCUUUUGCUUCACUGGUAUAAGCUGCCUUACUAGCAUGCUCUUUAGACUGCAAGGAUUCACAGUAACAAGCGUCGUACUUGCAAUGAUGGGGAAAUUUGCAGCAGCAAUGAAUUAUAAAUUAGUAUAUGUUAUCACUACAGAACUGUUUCCCACAAUAUUAAGGGGAACAGGCUUGAGUUUAGGGUCCGCAUCUGCACGUAUUGGAGCAAUAUUGUCGCCGUUUGCAAUAAUGGUUCAAGAUAAAUAUCCAUGGUUUAUGCAAACGGUAUUUGGUAGUUUGAGCGUCAUUGCCGGUCUCUGCGCUCUUGCUUAUCCUAACACAAAUAAUAUAAAACUCAUGUCAACACUAGAAGAGACGGAAGAUUUUUGUGCUGAAAAUAUGCCCAAACUGUGCCAAAGAAAAAAAACUGCAAAUAAUCGAAGAUUUACUUCUGCAUAUCUCCCGUCUGAUCAAUCAUCAAUAGAAGAAACGACAGACACUCAAAUCGAGUUGGAAGAUUCAGAACAAAUUGUUAUUCAUGACUGCUGAAAACUGAAAUCAAAAGUUUUUAAGAUGACAUUAUGAUGGGACGAUAAUUAUUUUUUGAUGAAUUGCCAAUAUCUUGAAUGAAUUGCUGGCGAACAAUAUGUUUUAUAUAAUUUGAAUAUAUAUAUAUAUAUA